CUUUGGCAAUCAUCACACGCCAUACACAAAAGUCCAAACCUGGCCCUCCCCUUCGACCCUUCCCUUGGAAAUCCCGAUUAAAGCACUAAUACAAUAGUCUUUAAAUCAAACACUUGCGAAACUCCCAAAACAACGCUUUGAAAAUCAUCAUAUACCACCCUUUUUUUACUCCCUUUUUUACAAUGUUAAAGUCUCUUUCAUAUGUGUCUACUGUGACAUGAGUUUCACUGGAAUUGGUCUUGCUGCUUGUAGCUGAUAGGGAGUUGAAGUUUUGAAGCUUGGAACAAUCAAAUGGAUUCAAUCCAAACACAGAAAGUUUAUGUUGCUGUUGGUAAUGAUGCACAGGAUGGAUUUAAGACUUUGAAUUGGGCUCUAAAGAAAUGGAAUUCUCAUCCAAUUUCCGUUGUUAUUCUCCAUGUCACACACAAUACUCCCAUGGAUUAUGUCUAUACACCAUUUGGGAAACUGCCAGCAAGAUCUGUGAGUGAGGAGAAACUACAAAUUCUCAGGAAAGAUGAACAAGAGAAAAUCAACAAGCUGUUUUCCAAGUAUGUUGCUUUCUGUGGCAAGGUGCCAGCAGAGAUUCUUCAAGUUGAGAAAUCAGAUGAGCCAAUGCAAAAGCGAGUCAUAGACUUGAUCUUUGGUCUAGGAAUAACCAAACUGGUCAUGGGAUUUUCAUUCAUGAAGCCCUCCAUGAAAUCUAAAGGUGCUAUUAGUGGAUUGUUCUAUGUUCAUCAGCACAAGCCUUCCUUCUGCGAACUGUUCAUUAUUUGUGGGGAGCAAAUUUUCCUGAGAGGAAAAAAUGAUGAGAAAAUCAUGGAGGAUGAUCAUGGAGUCAUGGUUGCAAGAAUAAGAGAUAAGAUAACCUUCAAAGAUUGGUUAGACAAAUGGUUCAAUGACAAAACCCACGAUUCUCCAGAUAAAAGUGAAUCACUUUCCUCAAGCAAUUUGGAGUCCCCGGUGACCAGAAACCAGUGGGAAUUUUACCUGCAGGAAAUUGAAAAUUAUUAUCAAGAAUUGUUGUCUUCCAAGUUGGAGGAAGGAAACUGCGGGCUAGAUAAUGACGACUCACAGAUUGGUCCAAACGAGCCACAUGUCACUGAACACAACAAUUAUAAUAUGAGUGGUGCAGAGAAAAUUGAAGAUCUGAAAAGUCAGCUGAAGGAAGCUCAGAAGACCAUUCUAUUGAAGAGGAAAGAGGCCAAAGAUAGUAAAGAAAGGCACGCAAAAGCUGAAUGGGCAAUUUGUCUGUGCAACAAUAGAGCUGAGGAGGUGGAAGGUCGAAUUCGAGAAGAGGUGGGUGCUAAGGAGGAGCUAAAGAAGGAAUGGGAAGCGGAGAGGGAGCAGACGGAGGAGAUGAGGAUGGAGGUGGAAGAGAGGAGGAGGAGGCUCAUUUCUCUGACGGAGGUGCAAUCGGAGCUCUCCAACAAGCUUCAAAUAUGGAUGCUGGCCAAGACGCGGGCGGAGACGCAGCUCGAGAGGGCGGUAGGGGAGAGAACGGAGAUGGUGAGGGAGAUCGAGGAGCUCAGGCGCCAGAGAGACGUGCUUAACCGAAGGAUCGAGUUCUGCAAGCAGAAGGACGCAAUUGGAAUGGCCGCCAGACUCGCCGACACGCGCUGCACCUUCCGCGAGUACACGGCGGAGGAGAUCCGGCUGGCCACCGACAACUUCUCCGAGCGGCUGAGGUUGAAGUCCGGCGGAGAUUGGAGCAAUGUGUACAGGGGACGCUUCAACCACUCCACUGUUGCCAUCAAGAUGCUCCCUUCUUUCUCCCUCCAACAUUUCCAAUCGAAGGUGAGGCUUCUUGGUGAUAUUAGGCAUCCUCAUCUGAUUGCCAUGGUGGGGUUUUGCUCCGAGCCCAAGUGCAUAGUUUUGGAAUACAUGCGCAACGGAAGCUUAAGAGACAUGCUGUUUUCUAGGAGAAAAAACCGCGCUUUAAGAUGGCACGACCGAAUACGAAUUGCCAUAGAAGUUUGUUCAGGUCUGGGCUUUCUCAAUGGAGCUGAACCAAGGCCCGUCAUUCACUGCCAUUUGACUCCAUCCACAGUCCUCCUAGACCGCAAUUUGGUGGCAAAGAUCACGGGCUUUGGGCUCCAUGAUUGCACUGACGAACAGUGUAACGUCGAGUCAGAUUUGCAGGCUAUAGGGGUUUUGCUGAUGCAUCUUUUGACAGGAAGAAAUUGGGCCGGGCUCGUUGAGGAGGUGAUGACAGUGGAUAUGGACAGAGAGGCUUUGGCUAGCGUUCUUGAUGAGAUGGCUGGACAAUGGCCAUUGGAUCUAGCAAUAGAACUUGCAGGCCUGGCUUUGAUGUGCGUGUCCACCAAAACCAAGCCUAACUCAGAACUGAGCAUUGCAAAGGUGUUGGAGGAACUGAAUGAGAUAAGAAGAAAGGGGGAUGAAAUAGUUGGAAGGGAAGGACGAAAAGCAAUUCUUGGUGGGUGUAUAGAUAGAGAGGGAACCAGUGAUGUGCCUAGUGUUUUUCUUUGCCCCAUACUUCAGGAGGUAAUGAAAAACCCACACUUGGCAGCAGAUGGGUUUUCCUAUGAGCUUGAAGCAAUAGACCACUGGCUGCAGUCUGGGCGUGACACAUCACCAAUGACAAAUAUGAGGCUGAAACACACAUUUCUCACCCCGAAUCACACUCUCCGUUCCCUAAUUGAGGAUUGGCAGACCAAUAAAUCACCUAAACUUACACACUAAUACCGAAUUCUUUUUAGUUCAUUAGAUCAUAUGUACAGAUUAGUUUGUGACUAGUGCUGAUUUUUUGUUCUCAUUGCCACCGGUGGACCAUUAACUCCAAAUAAAAAGUUACCAAUUGAAUUAGCAUGUCAUGGGUAGGUUCAAGCCUCCUUUCUGA